CCGGACUAUUACCUCCUAAGACCUAAGACGGGGCCCGUCGUUCCUCUCCACACUUUAUAACUGGAAUCAUCUCAUUUGAUAUCGUCCAUUCGCGAGCGGGAGAUCUUACGCAUUACCUACCCCAGCGACAACUUGACUCCACGAAGUUACCAUUUAAUCACGGGGUCGUAGGCGGGUAGGAUAGCACAGCAGCAGAAUUCGGCGAAAUAGCACUAGGUAACAGACAACAAUCUGCAAUGUUUAGGUGCUUAUGCAACGGUUACGUUCGUAAAGUCCCAAGGUUACGCGUACUCAAUCCAUACCGAAAUGGGGAAGUCGUUACUUAUCUCCCAACCCUUAUUCCCGGUCCCAAACAACUGACAUCUUGACGAUGGGAAUAUAAAAAUGUCACCGCUAUUUUAUUAAUUCUUCAUAAUGUUAACCUUGUGACUGUUACAACCGUUGCGUACUAUCAUCAGUUCGCUCAUAGUAAGCAGUGCGCCAUCACGCCAUUCAACUACCGAGACCGCUUGAGAAUCUUAUACGCUUUAACCUUUACGCUUUUUAAUCUUAUAAGCUUUAAUUGCUCACUCACCUCCGCUUUCUGAGGCAAACCACCUUUUUUCCUUUUCUUUUUUUGGUCGGGAUGGAUGUAUCUAAAAGCGACCAAGAGCCAACGCAAGACAAGCAAGAAGGUGCACGUGCUAGUCUCGAUGAGAAGUCUUUAGGACUCGAGUACAAUGGUCUUCGCAUCGAUCCUGACCUUGAGAAGAGGGUUAGGAGGAAAAUCGAUAGGCGUUUGAUUCCCUUAGUUAUGGGACUUUAUCUUGUCGCCUUUCUCGACCGUUCAAAUAUUGGGAAUGCUGAGACGGCGGGCAUGAGCAAGGACCUUGGGUUCGAUGAUGCUCAGUACCAGUGGCUAUUAACUAUAUUUUAUGUACCAUAUAUUGUUUUUGAAUGGGCUGCACUGAUGUGGAAAGCCGUACCUCCGCAUAUUUGGGCUACCAGCUGUGUGCUUGUAUGGGGCAUAGCGAGCUCUCUCCAGGCCGCCGCCUUCAACUGGUCGGGCUUAAUGGCUUGUCGAUUUUUCCUCGCUAUGGCCGAAGCAGGGUUCGGUCCGGGAGUGCCAUACCUCCUUUCUUUCUUUUAUAAACGCCACGAAUUGGGUGUAAGGUGUGGCAUUUUCCUCUCAGCCGCCCCUCUUGCUACAACGUUCGCAGGCGCCCUGGCUUAUGGUAUAACUUCCGGUCACCCGGCUCAUAUCGCCAACUGGAGGCUCUUGUUCAUCGUGGAGGGGAUCCCAUCAGUUCUGGUCGCCUUUCUUGCCUAUAUGUACAUGCCCGAUUCAGCCGAUACAGCGAAGUUCUUAACCGAAGAGGAAAAACAAGUCGCUAAGAUUAGAGCUAUCCAACAGACCGGAACCGAAGGAGUAGAACGUGUAGGACAUAUAAAUUUUAAAGAUGUUUUUAUGUCACUAACUGAUAUUAAAACUUGGAUUCCGCCUCUAAUGUAUUUCAGUUGCAAUGUCUCGUUCAGUAGCUUGCCCGUAUUCCUGCCCUCUAUUCUCCAGAAUAUGGGGUUUACUGCCAUCAAUGCCCAGGGCCUUAGUGCCCCGCCGUACUUUCUCUCGUUCAUGGUGUGUAUCUUGACGACCUGGAUCGCAGAUAAGACACGUCAGCGCGGGCUCAUGAUCAUCGGCCUUUCGCUUGUUGCUGGUAUUGGGUAUAUCCUUCUUGUGUCUUGCAAGAGCGUUGCGGUACGGUAUUUUGGCGUCUUCCUUGCCGCUGCUGGUGUAUUCCCAGCCAUAUCCAACAUUUUGCCUUGGACUUUGAACAACCAAGGAUCGGACUCUAAGCGAGGUGCCGGCAUCGCACUUCUCAACAUCAUCGGCCAGUGCGGACCUCUGCUCGGAACACGAAUUUUCCCGGCCAGUGAUGGGCCAUACUACAUCAAGGGGAUGGGCGUGUGCGCCGGGUUCAUGUUCUUCAAUGCUUUCCUGGCUUUGACCCUGCGCACAUACUUGAGCUGGGAGAAUAAGAAAUUCGAAAAGAAUGACGAGGCGGCACGUCAAGCGGGAACCAAUGCUAAGGCCAACUCGAUCGGCGUGGAGAACGAAGGAUAUGGUUACAGGAAUUUCUUGUAAGGGGGUACAUUGGUGGGUCAAGGGGCAGGAAGAAGAGAUUAGGAUUUGGAUAGAGGGACGAGGCUAUACGGAGUAGAGCAUACCCCGUCCCAGCCAAUUUAUACCUCGAUAAAUGCCAGCCCACAUAACCAGGUAGAUUGUAGUUAAUGGAAAUAAAACUUGACACUUUCCAUCUCAUUUCCAUAGGCACUGACACCGACCCCGCUAUGUCGGAGUCCAUGAAUCCCACAAUUUUCGACGUAAAAUAUCGAAGUCCAAACUCCUUAGCACAAUGCUCCGCUUAAUCAAGAAGGAGCCUCGUCAUCAGGUACGUCAUCAGGUACGCCCUCGUGAUCCCGAAGUUCGUCUCUCCUCUUACUCCAAAACCCCUUACCGUAACUAACCAGGAGCUCCUCCCCCUUGGCGACCCCAGCUGCGGCCUUCUUGUUCCCCGCGUUCUUCUUCCCGGCGCGCAGGACGAAGACGGCCAUGCACCUCUCGCCGCGCCGCAGGUCCCAGCACUCCCUAAACUCGCAGUUGGGCCGCGCCGCGACCCCGCGGUAGUCGUUGACGAAGCGCGCCUCGUUGCCCGCGCGCGCCGCGUCCACGGCGAGCCCCGCGUCCCGGUCUAGCC